AAUAAGCAACCUCAACAUCCUCGCAAAUCCGAAUGCAAUCAAUAUGCUGCUCCCCCUCCUCGCCACCCUCACUGCCCCCGCCCCGCAAACCCUCCACACAACCUCCCCCACCCGCGCAACAGUCUCCUUCACCGUGACCACGCGGCCCGCGCGCACGACACUGGGCGCACAUGCACUGCACUGGAUGAACAUCCUCUUGCGAGUGCUGCUGGGUUUGACGGCGGUUGGGGUGGUGUGGGCGAAGUGGAGCGCGGGGCGGUAUGGUGCUGCGGAAGUGUUCAAGGAGAACGGGGAGGUAGGGGUGUGGGCGCAGAGGGUGGUUGAGGGGGUGAGGGGGUGGGGGUGGGGGUAUGUGUGUGCGGGGGCUGGGGGGGUGUUGGGGGUUGUGGUGCGGAGGGGGUAUACUGAAGAAACCCUGACAAUCCUCACCCACCUCGGCAUCCAACUCUCCACCUCGCCGCCCACGUACCUGCAAUCCGCACGCCGCCGCUUCAUCCCCUCGUCCGAGAUCCAGGACCUGAUUAUCCACGAGGCGUUCCGCGGAUUCGAGGUGCGAUUCUACCUGGCGAUUGUGGUGCGCGGGGAGGGCGACGUGGUGGUUGUGUUUCCGGAGCUGCUGCCGCGGCGGGCGAUGCUGGAGGAGGUUUGGCGGGGGGCGCGGGGGUGUUUGUGGGAGGGCGAGGGGAGGGGGAGAGAGAGCGGGGCUGGGGGGAAGUGA